AGAAGAACAGCGUUAACAAGGAGACAGCGAGUUAUCCGCUCUCUUUGCUGCAUGUUUAGAUACUUUGAAAAAUAGAAUAAAAUCUGGAGAAACAAAACGUGGAAAAUGACCAAACUACAGCUUCUGCACCGGGCGCUGAACGAGCGGCUGAUGGCGGCGGUGGAGCAGAUAAUGGAGAUGGUGGGCGGCACGGUGCUGGAGUACGAAGCGGAGACGAUUCGGGCGCGGAAAGAAAAUGAGAUUCUGAGACGGAGGCUGAGAUGGAUGGAGGGCGAAAUUCCCACCGACUGGCCAGAUGAAGUUGACCCCUAUGUCCCUGAGCAGCCUGUUAGCCUGGCAGACGGACCAGUAUUCGAAGGGCUGGCGAUCAAAGCCGAGCCUGUUGAUGCCUCUGAUUGCCAGUCAUUUACACCUGACCCCAAUCUCACAGCAUCAGUGUGUACUGCUGAUUUGGAAACAGUCAAUCCUGCAACCAGUCAGCCCGCCAAUGCUGUCCUUCCUGAUGGCACGGUGUGGGAUUCGUCCCACAGCUAUAUGGCUCCGCUGGACUUUGACCCUACCAUGGCGGCAAGGCAGUGGAGGGGAAGGGGCAGGAGUCAGAAGAUGUCAUUUGCCUGCCCAGACUGUGGUAAAGUCUUCGGGAGGGAGCAGAGGCUGAUGUUCCACAUGCGCAUCCACUCUGCUGAAAGGCCGUACAUGUACCGCAGGCGCAAAGCGUGCUUCUACGGUGACAAGAAACGGAAGAAGAAACUGCGUGGCCUUACCAAAUUAUAUCCAUCAAAAGAGAUUGUGGAAGAUCUGUCGGACACUUCAGAGCAGACAGAGAAGAGUACAGGAUCAGCCAGCAUCAGUGCUCCAAGAACUACUGCCCCCAGUGCCCCAGAAGCAGAGACAGGCGAGAAAUCAGAUGAAGCCAGCAGGGACACUAGCAACAGCAAGUAUCCAGAAAGCAGUAGAGCCAAGCCUGUGGGUCACAGAGGCAGGCAGGGACCACGCAGAUCCAAAAUUCCUCAGUGUCUGAAGUGUAAAAAAGUCUUCAAGUCUGUAUCAAGGCUGGCAACGCAUAUGAAGACCCAUAGGAAGCCGUUUCCCAGCCAAGAAGAACAAAAAGAGCAGGAAGACACUGACAAGACAGACAAGAGACCUCGAAAGCAUCCUAAGAAACCAAUAAUGAGAAACAAUGAAAUGGAGGUUGAAAGGGCCAAAGCAGGAGGCCAUUCCCUGUUUCAGUGCCCUGAGUGCAAGAAGAUAUUUGCUCGUUCCUGUUGGCUGACUUUCCAUUUGAAGUCACAUGAACGGGAACGCUCCUUAGCCCGCAAAGAGCAGAAGCGGCUUCCAAGUAAACAGAUGCAGAACAACAAAGAUGCAGAACAACACUCAACUGAGGUGACAAAGGACACACAGGAGACAGUUGCUGAAAACAGCAGAGCUCAUAUAUUAAAGAAAAUCUUUGCCUGCCCACACUGUGACAAAGUAUUCACUCGUGAAGGGUGGUUGGGGCCACAUAUUCGGAGUCAUACCCUUAAGACGCCAUCAAAAAGUGAAAUUCAUCUACAAAGCAUCUUGCCUGUCUCUCAGAAGAGGGCUCGGCGUACCCUGUCUCAGCUGUCAAAAGAAGAUGCUGUUGAUGAGAAAAAUGUGACCAAAGAGUUAAAAAGAAAGUCAGAAAUAGUCUCUGACCAACCAACAACAAUUACUGAGCCCCAAAAAGUCACUUUAGAAUCAAAAAGAAACUCAGAAUCUAAAACAAGCAAUAAUGAGUCUGAAAGAAUCAUGGAUAAAUCCAGCGAAAUCAUAGAGGAAUCAAGAAGAAUCCCUGACGAGUCUACUGGAGAAGCAAGAGACAUUCCAAGAUCAAAGAAAACAUUCUCUUGCCGUGAGUGUGGCAAAGUUUAUUUGCUUCUUGGGUGUCUGAAAACCCAUAAGAAGAUUCACAAAAGAGAGAGGAUGGAAGAGAAGCAAAAAAGACAGAUGCUCAAAGAACUUAGACAAAAGGAAAGGAAAGCAGAGGAACAGAGUCUUGUGGAAGAAAUUAUGGAGAACAUUGUGGAAAAGAAACGAAAGAGGAAAAAGACACUUCUAGAGAUGCCGCACAGUUUUGAUGACAAAGAGCAAACUAGGAACUUGGAUACAACUGUAAUGCUAUCAAAGGAAAAUGGCGACAAGUCAUCUGAUAUACAGGCACCUGAAUCCAAAAACAAGGAAUCUGCUAAAAAAACUUCUGCUCGUUAUUUCUGCAAACACUGUGGCAAAGUAUACGCUAGGAGGAACUGGCUUAACAUGCACAUGCUUGGCCACAGGGAAGCAAUGCUGACUUUGCAGAAGAAAGUAAAUGAUGAGGCCCAAAAGAGUGAUGAUGGACAGAUGCCGCAAGAGGGUUCAUCCACUGAAGAUUCUAUAGUUCAGAAAGAAGAGGACGGAGGUAAAGUUUCGUAUCCAUGUCCCUUUUGUGAUAAAGUCUUUCGACGAGGAAUGCGGCUGAUGGUGCACAUGCAGAUCCACUCAGGCGAGAAACCAUACUCCUACCGACAACGUAAAGAACAAUUUUAUGGUGACCUGACAAGGCCCAGAGUCCCAGAUACCUACAGCCAGGAGCCUGCAAUAGAAAGCAGUGAUGAAAGGGAGAAGGAUGGAGGAUUCGCACUGACUAGGAAUCAGACUUCUGCAGUGUCCCAAGAUCAUACAAGUACCACAGAGCCUAUGGAAACUGCCCAACCUCAUUCAGUUUGCACUGGCAGCCUAGUACUACCUCUGCAUUCAGCUGGUGCUGCUUCCAGCCACAGCAUGAAACAUCCAAGAACUGAAUCAGAAUUAGUUAGCAAUGCCAAAAGCCACUUCAAUCUGCAGCCUAGAAUUGUUCUAGAACCAAUUACAUCUAAAUCCAAGCCCUGGGCUCCACCUGGAGAAGUUGAUUUUAGAUCAGUCAAUGCUGAGACUGGUGACAAGGAACUGCACCUAAUCUCUGACGUUGCUACAGUAAGCACUGUAGAUUACCAAGCGAAGCGUAGUCUUCCUCAAACUUUAGUUGAAAAUGCAUAUGAGAGCCAGAAUGUGUUGUCUGGAGUAAGCUAUGCUCUUAAGUCAGUGACAGAUGAUCCAGGUGUUGUUUGUGCUACCUUAGGUCCAGAUUCUAAGUCUUUUGAAAAUACCUCCUACUCUGAAAAGAUCUUUGUCAGCAUAGGGGACCAUUUAAACACAGAGCCCUCUAAAGGCAGAAUGUCUGAAUUUUGGCAAAAAGAUAGUCAGGUAGAAAGCCCUGGUUGUUUGCUUGAUGCCAAGCAGAUGACCAUCAGAAGUGAACAAGAGUCCAGUUCUGCCACCAUGCAGCAAGUAGGCUGCCAAGCGUCAGUUUGUUUGAAUCUCUCAGAUGUCAACAGUGAUUAUGAUGACGACGAUAACUGGUCAAAUGUAUCCAGCAACCUAGAUGAAAAGAAACCCUCAACAGAAAGUAAAGUGCAGACUGCACAGUUGGGUGUGAAAGAUGCCAUGACCAAUCAGCCAGCCCAAUUUCCCACCAACGUAGAACAGGUCAAUAGAUCUUUAUAUAGUUAUUCGCAAACCAUAGAUCAAACUGCACCUAAAAGGUUGGCGGACACAGGAACAGUUGACAAUUCCCUCCCCAGAUACUCACAAAAAGUUAUAGGUGCUGCAUUAGAUGUAGAGUCUAUAGCAGAUAAGACAAAAGAACAGUGUGCCUGUGAUGGUCCACUCACUAAGAGAGAUGAGAAGGUGGUCGUCUCCGUCCCACAAACAAAGGAGAGCUCUAAGGGCCGGAAGAGCUCGUCUGCAUGUAUGGUUUGUGGUUUAAUGUUUGCUGGUAGGCCAUCCCUAUCACAGCACAUGCGGGUGCACUCUACUUCGGCAUGUAUCGGCAGGACGUCAUCCACCUUCAGGACAUUCACGAAUAUGGUCAAGAACAAUGAAACAAAGAUUAAACAAGAAGCUGUGCAUGUCCAGACCUCAGAUGUGCAUAGAGACGAUUCAACAGACAACUCUGAAAUCUUAGGAAAGAGCGACUGUGCAACAGUGAGGAAAGCAAGAACAGCUAAGUCAUCUGGCCGUCAACCAGAUAUGAAAAGCCGACGCUCCAAAAGGGGCUUGAAAACAUUGACCAAGAGCAAAGAAUUGAAAAAGGAAAAGAAAACUGUUUACUGCCGAUUUUGCAGUAAAGCUUGUAGAACAAUAGAACUGCAUCUCCAGUAUGAUCACUCAGAGGAACCUGAGGUGAUUGAAGCUUUGCAUUUUAGCAAAACCCAAGAGGAGAGGAAGAAAUUAUUGAGCCGUCUUUACAGGAGAAAAAGCUCAGAAUGUGAAAACAUGCGCACAGUGAUGGAUAAAGACCUUGUUCAUUGUCUGUUUUGUCAGGGAUCUUAUCAAAGGAAUCAAUUUUGGAAACAUGCUUUGGUGUGUGAGCAGAAAGAACCGGAAAGAAAAGAGGAGUUGGCUUUUACUGAAGCUACCAGCAGUGUACAUACUCCAAAGACAAGGCCUAAUAUAGAACAGAAAACACUUGAUCCAGAGUCUGAGUAUCCCAUCCAGAACCCAGUCACAACAGCACAACGGACCCUUCCAGAGUCACUGAAUGCUCCCUUACCAGAUGUUGAUCCUAACACUAUUCAGAAAUCCCUUUCUUCAGCCUCAGUUGUUCCAGAAAGUGGCAGUACUGAGCUAAACCCAACCUCUGAUCCAGUGUUGGCGGUCCCAACCAUUUUCACAGAAAUGAUGUCACUUGAUUCAGAAUCUUCAAGCCAGCCCAUUUUAGACGCAUGCCAUAGCACAACAGAGACGGCCCGUGUUCCAUUAAUUGACAACAGUAUAACAAAGAAUCCAGAUGUGGAGCCAUCAGUUCCUCUAGUUUUACACUCUUGUCAUAGGGCUCCAGAAAACACUUCUUGUCUAGAAUUAAAGAAUGAUCCAGAAUCAUCCACUGGUGUUCCAGAACAAAAUAUUGAUUCUGAGGGCUCAGGUUCUCUCAUUCUGCAGUCUUGCCCACAUGAAGCCCUUACUCAAAAAUUAAUAUGCCCCCCAGUUAGCACAAGAGGACCACAUAUAGAACAACAGUCCACUUUUGGAUUCUCAAAUCCUCCUCUAUCUGAUGCCAGUUUUAGUGAUGUUCAAAAGCCAUUUGGAACCUCUUUUUUUAGUUCUUCUCUUCAAGGCUCUGGCUGCUGUGGCAUACAGAAAAACACUAUUCAAGAUGUUGACUCUUUGCAAAAUUUAGACUGUAUUGGAGAAGGUAUUCUCCCUUCAGAAUCGGUGGGACAUGUAGACUGCAAUUCACACCAAACUGCUGGCCUAAAAUCACAAAGGAUUACCACCCCAAUAACAGACUUUGGUGACCUGCCGCAAACCUUUGGCUCUAAUGCAGAAUUGGAGCAGACUGUCAUUGACUCAGACAAGGGUGACGCUGAUUCAGAAUCAACAGAUUCUCUAGUUCCAGACCCUUUAAUUGGUGAUGUAAAGAAAACUGAUGCUGAAACAGAAAACCCUUGCAGUCUCAUUUUUGACAGCGGCAAACGUGGAGCCCCGAAGUUAGAAUCAGGUUGUCCUUCUGUUCUGGAUUGUAUUUCCACUAAAACACAGCGACCUCCUGAUCCAGACACAGACAUGGCAUUCAGAGCAGCAAUGGAAACGUUCGAUUCUGAAGGUCACAUCAAAGAGAACAUGGGCAAUAUUGAAGAUUCUGGACCUGACAGUGUUUUUAAAGUUCUUGAUUCAGAUUGCACUGCAGUAGUAAAGAGGAAACUGGACAGCCAGAGUCGUGAGUUCAAAGAAGCAAAGACAAAGAGAAGCCGACAGAGCGAUCCCUCACAGCAGUCAUCAGCAGAAGCGAGUGCAUCAACAAGUAUUGUUCAAACCUCUAACCUGGAGUCUGGAUUACAAACAUCCAACCUGAAUUCCACAGUUUUGGAGAACAGAGAAGGAAAAGCUAAAUAAAUCACAAACCUUAUUUCUGCUUGUAUUGUUGGAAGCCUUGCCUCUAAAUCACAAAGCAUCUCCAAUCAGUACACUGAGAAGAGCCAAAGGUGGCAAAGGCCCUUAGCUAUGACAAGAACUCAAAAGAAAUGAAACACCUGCUGGAUCUUUUCUGGAGGAAAGGAAACUUCUUGAUGUCUCAAAUAAGGACUUUGUGCAUUACGUUUACUGUCAUGGGUUAUUUAGCACAAAGUCUGUUGCUAAUUAUGCACAAAGCUGCAAGCAUGAACAUCCAGCCAGAGCUACGGAUAACUGCUUUGAGUUGUUUCCAGUUACUGUCAUCAAAUCACCAAGUUCCAUGUUUCGCAGUAUCUGUUCUGUAAAGAAACAGUCGUUCUCAGUUCAGAAUCCGUAAGUCCUUUCUUGCCAGAUACCUCAUUAAAGUGAAGAACAACUAAAUGCUAAGCUGCAGUCUGCUCUGAUUGUGCUUAGUUCUUCUAAUUUAGAGAAUUCAUGUAGCACCAAACAAGAAAAUUAUGAUCCAGAAUUCGUAAGGUCUCUUGUUUGGUUGAUUUAGAUCUGCAGGGUCUCCCACUGACCACUUGGGUUUAAGAGCUGAAGAUUUCACUCCAGACAACAGUCUUGUCAGUAGUGAAAUAGGAAGUGACCACAUGGCCUGUGGAACACCCUGCAGCUCCCCAGGCAACAGUCACUCUGAAUAUAGCAAUAGUGAAGACAAAAUGACCAAGACUAAGCCAAGCAGUGAGACAGGAUACACUGUAGAUAAGAGAAGGGGCUCAUAUGUUCAAACUCAGGUAAAAUAUUUCUAGUUUAUUUCUUAAUAAGAAAUGAUUAACCAUUGGAAUCCAGUCAUAUUUGGAAUUUUGUACAGGUAGGAAAGAAGAGCAAAAGAGAUGGGAGUGACGUUAAGUUGUUAUAAAAUGCAUUAAGCUGUUUCUUUCAAGGUAUUGCUGUUUUGAAGAAAUUAUAUAUUCAGCUCCGUAAGGAAGAGGAGGCA